UUUUGGGUCAGUAUUAGUAGACUGGGUUUCUUAUAUAUGAUUUUGUGAAUGAAAUUGUUGGUUUUUGGGGUCUUUUCAAUAGGUGGAUGAUCUAAUUUUUCAGUUGGCAGCUCCAAAGAAACAGGGGUUUGAUAUUUUGAUGUGAUGAUUUUUGGGUUUGGUUGAAAACACAAAUUUCUCGGAGUAUUGAAACCCAAGUUCUCUGGAUUAAGAUCAUCAGCAGAGCAAGAAAGGAGAAUUCGUAACUGAGUCUUCUGAGUGACUGUGGGUAGCCAUGGAGAAACAGAAGAGCUUCCGUGGGGCCAUGGAGAAGCAGAAGAGCUUACGGAUAUCAAUGGAGAAGCAGCAAAGCUUUCGUGACAGGAGGAAGAGCAGAGAAUCUCCAGGAAAAAGGGGCGACUCGGAGUUCCAUCUGGCUGCUCGAACUGGGAACUUACAUAUGGUCAAGGAAAUUCUUCAGGAGUGUAAAAAUAGCAGCUUGGAUGAUUUGCUAUCAAGGCAAAAUCUGGAUGGGGAGACAGCCUUGUAUACCUCAUCCGAGAACGGCCAUGUCCUAGUUGUUAAGGAACUAUUGAAGCAUUUAGACCUUGAAACGGCUUCUCUCCCAGCCAAGAAUGGUUAUGAUGCAUUCCAUGUUGCAGCCAAGCAGGGUCAUAUUGAGGUGUUGAAGGAGCUUUUGAAUGCAUUCCCCCCCUUGGCCAUGACCACUGAUUCAUCCAACAGUACAGCUUUACACACAGCUGCUACUCAAGGCCAUAUUGAUGUUGUCAAUCUCCUUUUGGAGACUGAUUCAAAUCUUGCUAAGAUAGCCCGAAACAAUGGUAAAACAGCCCUCCACUCUGCGGCUAGGAUGGGACAUUUGGAAGUUGUGAAAUCCCUAAUAUGCAAGGAUCCAAGUACUGGUUUUAGGAUUGAUAAGAAGGCCCAAACUGCAUUGCACAUGGCAGUGAAGGGAACUAAGGUAGACAUUGUGCUCGAAUUGCUUAAACCUGAUCCUUCAGUCAUUAUGUUGGAAGAUAACAAGGGGAACACAGCAUUGCAUAUUGCAACAAGGAAGGGCCGCAUUCAGAUAAUAUGCUGUUUAUUAUCAGUUGAGGGUAUCAAUGUCAGUGGAAUCAACAAGGCUGGAGAAAGCCCCCUAGAUAUUGCAGAGAAAUGUGACAAUAUGGACAUUGCCUCAGUUCUAAAAGAAGCAGGGGCUAUCAGAGCAAAGGACCAUGUAAACCCUCCAAAUCCAGCAAAACAAUUGAAGCAGACUGUUAGUGACAUAAAACACGAUGUACAUUCCCAACUCCAACAGACCCGUCAGACUAGGGCUCAGGUUCAGAAGAUUCAAAAAAAUCUGAAGAAGAUUCACUCAAGCGGCCUUAAUAAUGCAAUAAACUCUGCUACUGUUGUUGCCAUUCUAAUUGCAACGGUUGCUUUUGCAGCCAUCUUCAAUAUUCCUGGACAGUAUCUUCAGACGGAGGAAAGUGGCCUCUCUCUUGGGCAAGCAAAUAUUGCAAAUAAGGCAGCAUUCCUUAUCUUCUUUGUUUGUGAUGCCAUGGCCUUGUUCAUCUCCUUGGCUGUUGUUGUGGUCCAGACUUCUGUAGUUGUAAUUGAGCAGAAAGCAAAGCAGCAGCUCAUGUUUGUGAUUAACAAGAUCAUGUGGCUGGCUUGCCUCUUCAUAUCAGCAGCCUUCAUUUCUCUCUCAUUUAUCGUUGUGGGUCAGCAUGCACAGUGGCUCGCUGUGUACACCACAUUGGUUGGUGGUGUGAUAAUGCUGACUACUGUUGGUUCCAUGUGCUACUGUGUUGUCAUUAACAGGAUUGAGGAAUCAAACAUGAGGAAUAUAAGGAGAGCAUCAGGAAGCAGGUCACGCUCAUUAUCUAUGUCUGCUAUGGUUUCUGAGUCUGAGCUGCUGAACAACGAGCAUAAAAGGAUGUAUGCAGUUUAGUAGCGGGGUUGUUUGGAGGUACGUGUCUUUCCUUAUGAGGAUCAUUUUAGCUCCUAUGGUUCAAAAUUGUUGCUGCUUCAGCUCUAGAAAUUAUGGUUCAGCCAGUUAACUUGACCAAAUACGUGAAGAACAUUUCACGUGUACUCACUGCUUCUGCAGCUCCAGGAAAUUACAAUGAGUGUUGUAUGCUCUUCUUGCUUAUGCAUUGUAAAAUUACAAGAAUUGGGACAACAGUUGUGUUCCCAUUCAUUUCCCUGCUCAUUUUCUACUUUACUAGUAUAAAAGAAGCCAGCUCCAAGUCAGAAGCACUUGAUCAACUGCACUAAGUUUCAGUGACAUAACU